ACUAGAAUAAGCCUUUUCCAAGGUGCCUUAUCCGAUUCAGGGGUACGGAUCUCGUCGGCUUUCUAAAUACUUCGAUCGGUUGUAACACAACAGCUCGGCCUACGAGCUACUUGUCGUCAUAGCGAGCUCGUCAUACUAUUUUUUGACAUGGGAUUGGACGAUGAGAUCUUGGCGGACUUGCAAAAUGCUCUCGAUAUUGGUAAUUACGACCAGGUUACAGAAGCCUUCCAAACUAAGCAGUUGACCUCUCGGUCUGCCAUACCUCUUCUAUACCAUGCUAUUGCAAAGAGCCAUGCGCAGGAUGUCGCCUUUUUGCUGCGGCAAGGUGUGCGCCCUAUGAUAUUUCAAACCAACCCUCUCGCAAAAUGUCGCUCCAUCGAGAUCUUCGAGAUAUUGGAGCAGGCUGGUUGGCCAAUUAAGACGAAGGGUCAUCUCAUACUCACUCGAGUCCUCGAAAGCAAAGAGGUUGUAAGUUGGCUACUUGACCAUGGAGCACGACUCGAAUUUCCUCAGAGCGAGCUACGCACAGACCUUAAAAAGGGAGAGCGGGACGACACCCUUGCGGUUCUUAACGAAGCGGCAGCGCAGGGGAAUAUGGACAUGUUCGACUAUUUCGUCUCCCGAGGGGCAGACCCUUCGCGAUGCUUGGCGCUGCACUACACGGCCUUCUACAAACCCCAGAACCCCGCCCAAGUCGACUUUAAUAUCGCGCACCUCCUGCAGAAUUAUAAGUACGAUGUUAAUGGCGACGACACCUGCGACGGGUUGGUGAAAUUGAGCGAUUUUACGUACACCGGUCGAGAAGGUCCACCUUUGCGGUGGGCUAUCUAUCAUCAUAACCUACCGGCAGUCGAGUCGCUCCUCCGUCACGGUGCCGACGCGUCUGCUGCGUUAUUAAUUGCCAUAGAAAGGGAUGACUUGAACGCGCUCAAAUUGUUGCUCGGAGCUGAUGGCGACGCCACCGACGCAUGCAGGAUUGCCGCCACUAGAUCGAAAUUCGAUGCGGCUCUCGUCUGCCUAGAACAGGGCGCAGAUCCUAAUCCAGCUCUCGUACGAGAUGCGGAGCUAGCUAGAGAAGAGAGCACAUACAAGCCAAUGAGCAAUGCCAUGAAAGUGUUGCUUGCGGACACUAAGUACACCAAGUGAGCUGGUGAUCUUUUCGGUUGAAGCGCAAUCUCCUGUACCGAAAAGUAACGAAUAAGAGAUUCUUUGAAUGAGGAUGUCGUGUUCAAAUGUCUCU